AUGUAUUCUUGGGAGCUGCGGCCCCUUACUCUCGUUCUCGUACUCGCUGCUUCGGAUCACCUCAUUGUCCUUCACGGUCAAGAAGUGCCUCGGUACCAGACGGAGCCGCCGCCGACUCCGUCCAGUUCUUCUAAGUACGGAAUAAUUGGAGGAAGUGUGUUUCUUUCGGUGAUCGUGGUGGGGCUUUGUGCGAUUUACUUCAAAUGUAGAAAGAGAAGGAGCAGAUCACUCAGAGACUCUAGGCAAAUCGCUAAUGGUGGGAAUCUUUUGCCGGUCAACAAGCCACCCUCAAGAAGCCAAGCCAAGCAAUUAGCCUCUACUGUGCCUUCUCACGCUCAAGUACAACUAGGAAAAAAUGAAGACUUAAGGGGUCGAGACAAGCGAUCAGCCAACACUGAGCCCACUCAAACACCACCGGGCAAAAAUGAAGACUUAAGGGGCCGAGAGAAGCGAUCAGCCAACACUGAGCCCACUCUAACACCACCUGGCAAAAAUGAAGAGUUAAGGGGCCGAGAGAAGCGAUCAGCCAGCACUGAGCCCACUCCAACCCCACCUGGCAAAAAUGAAGACUUAAGGGGCCGAGAGAAGCGAUCAGCCAACACUGAGCCCACUCCAACACCACCUGGCAAACAUGAAGACUUAAGGGGCCGAGAGAAGCGAUCAGCCAACACUGAGCCCACUCCAACACCACCUGGCAAAAAUGAAGAGUUAAGGGGCCAAGACAAGCGAUCAGCCAACACUGAGCCCACUCUAACACCACCUGGCAAAAAUGAAGACUUAAGGGGCCGAGAGAAGCGAUCAGCCAACACUGAGCCCACUCCAACACCACCUGGCAAAAAUGAGGACUCAAGAGGUCGAGACAAGCGAUCAGCUGAUACCGAGUGUACUCCAACACCACCAGAACCCAGCCAAAUCUUAAAUGAGGAAAAUCCUUUGCUGGUCAACGAGCCAUGUGCAAGAAGAGAAGUCCAGCCAUUAGCCCAGCCUGAGCCUUCUCGAGCACAAGGAUCCAACCAAACCGCCAAUGCUGGAAAUCCAGAGUCACAAAGCCGUGGAGCACAGCUAGGUCGAUCACGAUCUACUCCCAGAGCCUUGGACAGCACAGGCGCACCAAGACUAUUUACAUAUGAGGAAUUAGAAUUGGCAACAGAUGGAUUCUCAAAGUCAAAAAAACUCGGCAAAGAGGGCACCGUCUAUAAAGGAGUCCUUCCUGAUAACAAAAUUGUUGCGGUUAAGACGGCAAAUUCUAACGUACGGGCAAGGGAGCAGCUCGAGAAUGAAAUCAUGGUCAUAAGCCAAGUCCGCCACAGACAUAUUAUUUCCCUCGUUGGUUACUACAUUGAUGAAGAUGAAGCCCGUGGGAUGGACAUGCUGCUUGUUUAUGAGUUCAUCCCAAAUGGUUCAUUACAAUCCCACCUGCAUGAAAGAGGCCCAGAAACUAUGGACUGGGAAACAAGGAUGAAGAUUGCUAUUGGCUCUGCAAAAGGAUUGGCAUAUCUUCAUGAAGGCUGUCAACUCACAAUCAUACACCGUGACAUCAAACCACACAACAUUCUUCUUCUUGAUGAUUUUGAGCCAAAGAUAGCAGGCUUUGGACUUGCACGACUUUUACCUGAGACUGACAGCCACGUCCUUCUGUCAGAACUCACGGGAUCCAUUGGAUAUUUAGCUCCAGAGUGUGCUUCAAGCGGGAGAAGCAGUGAGAAGUCAGAUGUCUACGCCUUUGGUGUUGUGCUUCUGGAGUUGAUCACAGGACGAAAAGCUCAUGAUAAGUUAACAGGAAGCUUGGUUGAAUGGGCAAGACCUAGACUCCCCGAAGCCUUGAAUUCGAGAGGUCGAAAAUUAAAGGCUCUUGCUGAUCCAAGGUUGCAGAAUAAUUACGACCGUGAACAGAUGUUUCGAAUGGUUUCAUGUGCUGAUAGUUGCAUUCGGGAAUCAGACAAAUGUCGUCCUCAAAUGAGCCAGGUGGUUCAAACUUUAUCAGACGAAACGACUGGCCUGGAUAAUGAUUUCGCUAAGGAAGCCAUCGCACGACGUCAACGCGAGGAAGACGCGGGGACGAUGAGAAGGAUAGCGCUGGGAACUUAA